AUUGCACCAACAUCGCGUAAGUGUGCGCAUGCGCUGUGAGCAGACGACGUUUAAUCAAAAGGAGGUGAGACGUGCACCUCGCUCAUUGACCCUGUGACGCCCUGUGGCGUGUGAGGUCAGCUUUCUGUCAUGGACAACUCUACCACGGGAUUCUGCGGGGGGUCACCUCUCUGGGACGAAGAGCUCCUUAUAAACAACACCUUCCCGGAGUUCACCGAGUGCUUUCGCUCCGCAGUGCUAUCGCACGUCCCCAGCCUGUGGCUGUGGUUGGUCACUCCAGUGCACGUGCGUUACGUCAUUCGACACAGAACGGAAGUGACGACUGCGCCAUGCACGCUCCACAUCGCAAAACUGGCGGUGUGCGUCCUGCUCACUGCCCUCAGUGUCACAGAAGGUGUCCUAAGAGUUCAAGACUCACAUCCUGCUUUGAUCUCCGCCGCUUUCUACCUGGAGGUCAUAAUACGGAGCGUCACCUUUCUCCUUGCUGCAGUCCUGACCAGCAUUUCGAGAAAGGCGAGGAUUGCCUCUCCUUGUGUUCUCUUCUUUUUCUGGACGUUAAGCCUUUUAGUCAACGUCGUUCCUGUCUACCACGCUGUUGUGAGUGAGACCACGCCCUCGCUGGACGGUCACAUGAUCGUGCUGUGCAUCCUGCUGGGGAUGCUGGUGGUGCAGUUUUUCCUCAACUGUUGGGCGGAGCCUCUGUACACUGAUGAACUGGCUGAGAAACAGAAAACUAGUCCUGAAGUUUACGUGUCAUUCCUCAACAAAAUCACCUUUCACUGGAUGACCAGCUUCAUCCUCGUGGCCUACAGACGGAACGCUGCAGCCUGAAGACAUGUGGAACCUGCCGCCAAUAAACGUGGGCAGCUUCAGCAUCGCACGAUUCCAGCGCGUGUUCAGCGCACUGGCCGCCAAGAGAGAAAG